CAAAGAGAAACCAACUGAUUCCCACAAACACUAACCUGCUUCCCGCCUCAAAAGACACCCUGACCUUCAGAAUGCCUCAGAACGAAGCUGCGUGGAUUCCGGCUGCCUCAAAGCCUUUGGUAGUAGACUCUGCGCCGGUACCGAAGCCUGGUCCUCGGGAGAUAGUGAUCAGGAACCACGCGGUGGCCAUUAACCCCGUUGACUGGAAGAUUCAAUACUACCAAGGGGGCUUUCUGAAGAACUAUCCCUUUAUCCUCGGAACCGACGCUGCAGGAACAGUCGAAGAAAUCGGCGAGGAAGUGACAAAGUUCAAGAAAGGUCAGCGAGUUAUUGCUCACCUAGUGGGAUUGAAGACAUCCGAGCCAGCCAACAAUGCAUUCCAGCUGUAUCCAGUAUCCGAUGAGAGACUCACGGCAGCCAUUCCGGAUUCCCUGAGCUUCGAGCAGGCGGUGGUUUUGCCGAUAUCGAUCUCGACAGCCGCCACCGGACUGUAUUCUCCCGAUAACUUGAACCUUCCACUGCCAUCGGAGGAUCCUAAGCCCACUGGCAAAACACUUUUGCUUUGGGGUGGAGCGUCGUCCGUCGGAACCAUCGUCAUCCAGCUGGCUGUUGCUUCAGGGUUGAAAGUAGUCGCUACUGCAUCUCCAGCCAACCACCAAUUUCUCAAGGAAUUGGGUGCCAGCGCCGUGUUUGACUAUAAAUCUCCCUCCGUUGUGGAAGACAUAGUCAAGGAGCUUCAGGGCAGUGAUAUUGCCGGGAUCUAUGAUGCCAUCACAACAGAUCAGAGUCUUGAGCCCGUUGCAGCCAUUGCAAGGCAACUGGGCAUUCACGAUAUCACGAUAGUGAGUUACCGAAAGGGCUCACCUGAGGGAGUCAAUCUCAAGAUGGUCAUCUGUUAUGCAUUGGCCUUCUCCCCCCACGAGAAGAUCGGUGAAGCCAUCUGGGGCGAGUUUGUGCCAAAGGCUCUUAUCAGCGGGCAGUUGCAGGCAAGGCUUGAGCCGUUUGUGGUUGGUCAAGGGUUGAGUGAGAUCCAGCGUGCAGUGGAUCUCCAUAAGGCUGGAAUAUCGGCUAAAAAGGUUGUUGUCACUCUAGUUUGAGGAUUGAGUUUCUUCGACAUGUCAAAAAAGGUCCAUGAUCCAGAUGUCCAUUCCUAGUGAAACAAAUGUUAUAAUUUCAUUCACGCAGUCUCCAGGAUUUCAACGAACUGACCAAGAAGCUAGAGCCCCGGACAAACGAUCGGCUAAACCUCGGAGCAAGUUGAUCAUUUCAAUUGCACAAACACAGCUUCUGGUAAUAAACCUAGAGGAUUACAUAUAUGAAAAUAUGAUUGAUAUGUUCUGGUCCUUUGUUGGAGGCAAAAAAAAGACACCGCAAGUAAGACUGGUA